ACAAAAGAGAGAAACAAAAAACAAUCCAAUUCCAAUCACCCGUUCUCGACUUCGCUCUCUUUCUUUCACGACGAACAAAAUGAAACCCUACCCUUCCUUUCUAAAACAACCCUAUCUCUCUCCAUCUCAAUCCACCCCCUCCUAUCUCCCUCUAUAACGAUGAGAUGGAGGUCACCCCUUCUCCCCCGACGAAGGCGACGACGGCAAAGCGGCAGAGAUAUUGACGACAUCGACUAUGAUGGUUGGAGGUGAGCGGGAAAGGAAGGAGGAGAUGGAGCAGUCGCUGAUGGUUCAUUCGCGGCACCGUCGGCGACGGAGACGACUUAAUAUCGUCAACUGGGGUUUUCGAUUUGGGAUCGGACGAAGGAGAUAAGGUGGCCAACGACAAGGUUUGCCUGAGACAGAGGCCUGGCGGUGACGGGCAAGGGUUUUGACACUUUUUUAAUUUUUUGGGUUAUUUCCUUUUUUAUUGGAUUCUGAUUUCUAGGUUUUGGUGAAAGUGGAACGAGGAAAGGGAGAAGGAAAGGGAUUUUGAUUUCUAGUUCAAAGCAAAGGAUAUUUAAGAUUUGCCAUUGCUAAUCUAAAACAAU